GAGCGGGUGUAGGCCUGGGAAUAGAACAUAUGCAGACGUCUUGUCAGUGCUGUGUAUGUCUGUUUGUCGAUGGUCAAGAAGGAACGUAGCAAAAGUUUAAGAAGUACAAUAAUUUCAACCUGUGUAGUACGAUAAUAUGGCCAAAACAAUCUGGCAACGCUGCACGGUGUGACUGUGACUUGUCAGUAGCAGACGAGGCGUGGCAUGGGUUAGGUACGCAGCCGCGCGGCAGUGUGGUGGUGACCAUGAACAUGACCUGACGCACUGAACAUGUGGCGGGCAACGUGUGUCCUGGUGGUGGUGUGCUGUGCUGCUGCCACUACCCAGUCUGUCUCUAGUCAAGUUAAGGUGACCACAACACCCAAGAAGCUUCUGUGUCACUACAACCUCCCGUGUCCUGGCCAGCGUCCUCCAGCACCCUUGCCUCUCUCAGCCCUCGAUCCCAGCCUGUGCACCCACAUCAUCAUUUCUUCAGCUGUCGUGCACAACACCACCAUCCAACCGUGCACUCCGGGAGACACUAAGGUGUACAAGGAGGUGGUGUCCCUCAAGAAGCAGCAUCCAAAGCUGCAGGUGCUGGUGAGGGUGGAGGGAAACUGGACAACUCUCAUCCAUGACGCUCAGGCCGUGGCAGUGUUUGCCUAUAAUGCAGGAAAAUUCCUGCGCACUUUGGACUUGGAUGGCCUUGAGGUAGCCUGGCAGCCUCCUACUUGGCCUCCAUGGGAAUCUGGCACAGUGCAGCAGGUCUCUCUUCUCCUCCUGCAGCUCAACAAUGCUCUCCAGCUGGCCUCUCACCCGCCCUUUACUCUGUCAAUGGCAGUGUCAGCCUCACAAAAUUCCAUUGAUCAUGCAUAUGACAUCACAGUUAUAAACCGAACAGUUGAUUUUGUGAGUUUGGCUUCUUAUGACUUCCACACCUACCACUCUUCCUUACCCUUCACGGGAUAUGGCUCCCCUCUGAGACCACAGAAAGCAGAGCAUGGCCACUGGGCAACUCUCAACACCCAGUGGGCAGUGAGGCACUGGCUGAGCAAAGGCCUGCCACGUGAGAAACUGGUGGUUGUCAUUCCCACAUAUGCCAACACUUGGAAGUUGCUCUCCUCAUCAUGGACUAAAGUGGGAGCACCAGCUGUGGGGCUGGGGUUGAUGGAGGGACGGAUGACACACCCCCAGGUCUGUACAUUUGUGCAGAAGGGCUCUGCAUGGCAUUGGGAUAAAGCAAGCAGAGUACCGUAUGCCUGGAGAAGCCGUGACUGGAUAUCAUAUGAAGAUGAAAGCAGUGUGAAAGAGAAGGCCCAGCUAGUGGUGACAGAGGAUCUGGCUGGUGUGGCUGUCCUUGACCUGAACUCUGAUGACUGGGGUGGCCUGUGCCCCAGAGCCACCACAUUUCCACUGCUGAGGGCUGCCAAGAAUGUGCUAAGUAGAUCUGAUUCAUGAACAUGGGUUGUUGGCACUUGGUCCUGUCACAAGGACACUCACAUGGACCAGAAGGAAUGUUCCACCAGCAACAGGAUCAGAGGCAUUUUCAUGACCAUAAAAGAAAUAUGCACCCAUUGGGCCCCAGCACCUAGGUGGCAGUAGUUUUUUUUUUAAUUCACAUCUAGCUUUCUUAAACACACCCACUGUUUCAGCAACCACAUUCUUAUGCAUCUAAAAGAAUAAUAAUAUUGCAGAAACAAUGUAUCUCAUAUCUAUCUAUCUGGCUGGUGUUAUUUUACUCUCAAACGUAGACAGAUUUCUUUACUGAUCAAUAAUGUAUUUAAUUACUUUUGUGAUAAUUUAUUCAGCCUCUAUCACUAUCCCUAAUUAAUAUAUAUAGCUGCAGAACUAAAAAAAAAUUAUAUAAUAUAUUAGCUUGAAUUGCUUAGAUUCAGCCAACAGGCUGUGGGCAAAUAUCACUUACAGUAUGCAGCCUAGUGCCAAUUCCUGUUCCUCCGAAGCAUCACUAAUGAAGUAGCCACAGCUGCUUUCAAAACUAGCAAGCAAGACAGUGUGUCUACAGGAUUAUUAAAUUAUCACAGAUUGUUUAGCAAUUCAGCAAUAUAAAGUUAUUAUGGCCAUUAGGAGACAAGCACCCUUUUUACCUUAAGGCAGAGCUCGCCCUGUGAGAGAAACAGGCAACACCAACUUGUUCUUCAGAACAGUUAGUUGUAAAUAACCAGUGCACAGUCCUGCACUCUUUGGUCUGAAGUAAACUGGCACACAUGCAUAAUGACCAGACUUUAUGGUGAACCGUGUGUGUCUCACCAUAAACGGCCCCUGUGUUACUUCUGCCUGCACCUGAAAAGAACAGAAGCAGGUUGACUACUAAAAAACUGCAGAGAUAUUAUAAAUUACAGAGAUAUUAUAAAUUACAGAUUAUCAGUAAAUAAAUACAAAUGCAGAACAAAAUGCUUAAAUGACAACUUUCUACUCACAGAAUGAUCUACUUUGUCAAGAUUCUUAAGUGUGACCUUAACAUAGCUCUCCUUAGUAGUCUUUGUGUCUGGGAAGCUCACGUCAUCAGAUUCAAGCUGCACAGCGAUCUUCUGAGGUUCCCUAUGGCUGUGGGAAGACAGCAGAAAAACAAAAGAUACAUUAAUGAUGCACAGAACUAUAUUGCAUAGUCAUAAAUAGCAUUUAAGCCUCCACAGUAUUUACAAACCCACAAUCUCUCUGAUCAUUUAGGUCAAUAAGUAAGCAUAAACACACCUCACUCAUUCCAAUUUCAUUCUUGUCCACAUUGAUAACAUACCAACACACCCUGCUGUACUUCUGUCCUCCAUUCACUGUAUUCAAAUACUUCCAAAAUGUUUCAUGAAAUGUAAUGUAAUAAUAAACAAAGUUAAUAAA